AUGACUAUAAAAGACAAGAGAGAGUUCAACGAAACAGAUGAAAUUGUGAUUAGUAAAGAGAAGCUCGACAGUUUCGUUCUCGAAUGUCUCUCAAAAGCAGGAUGCAUCGGAGAUCAUGCACAACAACUAGCUGAAACCCUCCUGUGCUCUGACUACAGAGGUCACUACUCCCAUGGAAUCAAUCGUUUGCACAUCUAUGUUCAUGAUCUGAUGAUGAAGUCAACUGCCGUCACUGGUACUCCACAAAUUAUAAAAACAAAGGGAAGCACCGCAUGGGUCGAUGGAAACAACCUAUUGGGUCCAGUCGUCGGUAACUUUUGCAUGCAAUUGGCAGUGGAGAAGGCUAAAGAAUUCGGAAUAGGAUGGGUUGUUUGUCGGAAUUCAAAUCACUUCGGAAUUGCUGGAUGGUAUGCCGAAUAUGCCUGUCGUCAAGGACUUGUGGGAAUGGCAUUCACGAACACUUCUCCAUGUGUCUUCCCAACUGGAUCUCGUGAGAAGUCUCUCGGAUCCAACCCCAUCUGCAUGGCUGCUCCUGGAAUGGAUGGGGAUUCGUUCUUCUUGGACAUGGCUUCGACCACUGUCGCUUAUGGAAAGAUCGAAGUUGCCGAUCGAAAGGGAGAAACUUGGAUUCCCGGAAGCUGGGGAGCUGAUAAGAAUGGAGAUGAAACGCAUCAACCAAAAGAAGUUCUCGAUGGAGGAGGUCUCCAACCACUCGGAGGAUCUGAGAUUACUGGAGGAUAUAAAGGUACCGGAUUGUGUAUGAUGGUUGAAGUUCUUUGCGGAAUCAUGGGCGGUUCGGCGUUCGGAAAGAACAUUCGUCAGUGGCAAACAACGAGUAAAACUGCCGAUUUGGGUCAAUGUUUCGUCGCCAUCGAUCCUGAAUGCUUCGCUCCCGGAUUUCCAAUUCGUCUCCAAGAAUUCUGUGAUGAAACCCGUAAUCUGACCCCAACCAAUCCUGCUCGUCCACCACAAGUACCUGGUGAUCCAGAAAGAGCUCAUAUGAAUAUGUGCGAUGAUUUGGGAGGAAUUGUGUACAAAAAGAAACAAUUGGAUCAUUUGAAGAAUCUCGCCGAUCGUCUCGGUGUCAUAAUGAGACUUGUCGACGAAAAGGCUCAAUAA